CGCAUUGCAGCAACGAACAAACAAACGUUGACACGACUCCGGAUAUUUUGUGCUCGGAUUCAUUCUAGUCUUUUUAUUUAUACGGUUCGGGCAGAGUAAGCGAAUUCAAUCUAGCUACUGGAUCAGAUGGCCAGUCGGUAAAUGACGCGUGUUUUCCGGAUACCUCUUCCGGGAUCACGCCCACGUAUUUCCAUACCUUAAAGACAGAAAGUGAAGUUCGUAUUUAAAGAAAUUUACGCACGGAAGGAUCUUCGGGGAACAAAUAAAAAAAAUAAUGAUGUCUGUAAGAAAGGGAGGAAGCAAGGGCCCGGAGGGAGGAGACGAGGGGAUGGGCGCGUCGAUAAUUCGGAUCCCCCCCCACCACUACAUCCACGUCCUGGACCAGAACACCAACAUCGCCCGGGUGGAGAUCGGGCCCCGGACCUACAUCCGCCAGGACAACGAGAGGGUGCUGUUUGAACCGGUGCGCAUGAUAGUGGUUCCGCCCCGACACUACUGCGUAGUCAAGAACCCGGUUGCCCGCGACGACGAAGGCCAAGUCCAGUUCGACCAGCUGGGACAGGCUAAGCUGCGGCAUGCUGACCUGGAGAUCCGUCUGGCGCAGGACCCCUUCCCCCUCCACCCAGGAGAGGAGAUAGAGCAGGAUAUCACAGUCCUGCAGGUUGUGUACCCAGACACAGCGCUCCGGCUGCAGGCCCUCCUGGACUUUGAGGAGGAGGGAGGGGAGAAAAGAGUGGCCGGAGACGAAUGGCUGUUUGAGGGACCAGGGACCUACAUCCCCAAGAAGGAGGUGGUGGUGCUGGAGACGGUGAGGGCCACCGUUAUCCAGGAAAACCAGGCCAUUCGCCUGAGAGCACGCAAGGAGGGCGUGGACAGAAGCGGGGUGCACAGGGUCACAGGAGAGGAGUGGCAGGUGAGCAAGGUGGGAGCGUACCUGCCUGGCGUCUAUGAGGAGGUGGUGGACAUCGUCAACGCUUUCAUCCUCACCGACAAGAAAGCGCUGCACAUGCGCGCCCUGCGCCCGUUCCGCGACCAGGGCGGACGGGACCGGCGCACCGGGGAGGAGUGGCUGGUGACGCUGGACGACCGCGAGGUGCACAUCCCCUCGGUGUCCGAGGAGGUGGUGGGCGUGGUGGACGUGACGGUGCUGAACCCGCGCCAGUACUGCGUGAUCCUGGACCCGGUCGGGCCCAACGGCAAGCCUCAGCUGGGCCAGAAACGGGUCGUCAAGGGGGAGAAGUCGUUCUUCCUGCAGCCCGGGGAGACCCUGGAGCAGGGCAUCCAGGACGUGUACGUGCUGUCGGAGGAGGAGGGGCUGGUGCUGCGGGCCAUCGAGGCCUUCCUGGACAAUGACGGGCCCGAAGAAGAGGAGGAGGGGGAGGGGGAGGGGGGUUCAGGAGGGGGGCGUGUCCCCCGUCGCCCGGGCGACCGCUGGAUGCUGCGCGGGCCCAUCGAGUACGUCCCUCCGGCCACCGUGGAGGUGUUGCUACGGCGAGAGGCCAUCCCGUUGGAUGAGAACGAGGGAAUCUACGUGCGGGACAUCAAGACCGGGAAGGUCCGAGCCGUGAUUGGCCACACCUACAUGCUGACCCAGGACGAGGAGCUGUGGGAGAAGGACCUGCCGCCGAACGUGGAGCUGCUGUUGCCGUCGUCCCGGGACGCGCUGUCGGACCGCGGGCAGAGGGGCGCCUUGCCGCCGGACGCCAGGCCCCGAGACAAAACGAGAGUGGUGACCUACAGAGUCCCCCACAAUGCCGCGGUUCAGGUCUACGACUACCGCGAGAAGAAGGCCAGGGUGGUGUUUGGGCCGGAGAUGGUGAUGCUGGGCCCGGAUGAGCAGUUCACCAUCCUCUCGCUGUCGGGAGACAAGCCCAAACGGGCCAACGUCAUCAAGGCCAUCUGUCUUCUGCUGGGGCCCGACUUCUGCACUGACAUCAUCACCAUAGAGACGGCCGACCAUGCCCGGCUGCAGCUGCAGCUUUCUUACAACUGGCACUUUGACAUCACGCCGCAGGCCGACGCCACGCAGGCGGCCACCCUCUUUGCCGUGCCCGACUUCGUGGGCGACGCCUGCAAGGCCAUUGCCUCCAAGAUCCGCGGAGCCGUGGCGUCCGUGCAGUUUGACGACUUUCACAAGAACUCCAACCGGAUCAUCUGCUCGGCGGUGUUCGGGUUCGACGAGAAGCUGGCGGUGCGGUCCAGCAUGCGCUUCGGCCAGAACGGGCUGGUCAUCAGCAGCGUGGACAUCCAGUCCGUGGAGCCGGUGGACCAGAGGACCCGAGAUGCCUUGCAGAAGAGCGUCCAGCUCGCCAUUGAGAUCACCACCAACUCCCAGGAGGCUACCGCCCGGCACGAAGCGGAGCGUCUGGAGCAGGAGGCCAAGGGCCGGCUGGAGAGGCAGAGGAUCACGGACCAGGCGGAGGCCGAGCGAGCCCGGAAAGAGCUGCUGGAGCUGGAGGCGCUCAGUGCGGCAGUGGAGAGCACAGGUGCGGCGAAAGCGGAGGCCCAGUCGAGGGCAGAGGCGGCUCGCAUACAGGGAGAGGCGGCCGUGAACGAGGCCAAGCUGAAGGCCGAGGCCCAGAAGAUAGAGGCCGAGGCGGAGCUUGACCGCCUGUCAAAGGCGCGAGAGCAGGAGCUCUUCUAUAAGAAGGAGAUGAACCACCUGGACGUGGAGAAGCAGGAGAAGCUGGCGGACAUAGAGAACCAGCGCUUUAAAGCGCUGGUGGGCAGUCUGGGAAGUGACACUCUCAAGGAGAUGGCCCGGGCAGGACCUGAGCUACAGGUGAAGCUGCUUCAGGCCCUGGGGCUUAAGUCCACUCUGAUCACCGAUGGCUCAUCGCCCAUCAACCUCUUCAGUACUGCCAGCGGCCUACUGGGGGCGCUGCAGGGCAAGGGGGAGUGAGAGGGAAGGAUAUUCUUUGCACCCCGGAAAAGGGUAGAGGUGGAGAGCGAGGUGACAGUUUAAAAAGGAGCAACGGUGGAGGGUAAAGUGGUGAGAGAAAAUGAAAGGAAUUAUUAUGCUUUAAAUACUUUGAAGUAGGGCUUUCUUAAAGACAGGUGCACUCUCACCCAAGGUUAAAGGGUAAAAGGUAAUAACGGUCAUUUUCAUGGUUUCAGUAUUGUCAAAUGUCCUCUCAAAAUACUGAAACUGGAGACAUUUCUGUCCAACUCUCAGUACUUCUUGACAUUUUCCUACCAUUUCCAUUUAGCAUCCAUUCAUUUCAGCUGCGCGCUGAACUUAUUAAAUACAGCUCAGAAAGCCAUAUUUUCAUUUUCAGAAAAUGCAACCUAUUAUCAUGAAAAACAUGGCCAGUGUAAUUCUUAUUAAAUUUACUUCAAAACAGAGAAAAUGGUUCAUUUUGAUGGGGCCUAUUUUCAAUAUUUUAGUGCUUGCGCCAAACUACUUUACACUUAUCGGAAAAACGCAAUUGUUGUAAAGUUAUUACAGUAAAAAGUACAAAGGCCAGGUUCUUCGCAAUGGUGAAUUAUGCUGACAAAAGCAACUGUAUGUCUCUCUGACUUCUUUUAAUACUUUAAUACUACAACAAAGGAGUUCUAUAACUUGUGGUAUAUCCACAUCUGCUAGAUAGAUGGACAAUACUUUUUAGUAGGAUAAAUUGAUUGAGAGUUGAACAGAACUAUUAUCACUGUUGUUAACCUUUAAGAGGCCAGGAACAUGCAGCAGAAUGUGCAAAUGGUCCCCCCAAAGUAGACUUACUGUAUAGAGGAAUAACUGACAUAUUCACUUUGCUGCUUAAAAAGUACAAUAAAAUAAAAAAGAUUCUGGUAUGUUUGAGACACACAUAAUCCUCACUGCAACAAAAGAACAGUUUUCAGUAAUAAACUUUUUUUUUGUUUGGGGGGGGGGGGGGGGCAGAUCAAGGGGACAAAUUCAACCUGCGUAUUGUGGCGUGUAUCCUUGUUUUUUGCACUGAAAAUGUUUACACGGAUAGUCAGUCUCACAAUUGACGUACCAUGUCUUCCAACAUGUUUUCCAUGCUUACAUGCUGUUUUUGGACAAAAGCAGCUGAUCUGGUGCCUUCCAGAACUUUUUGUUUUUGUUUUUUUGUGCAGUUUAUACUCAUGUUAACACUCCAUCCUUGAAUGUGGGAAAUGUCUGUUGCCAUCGAGUUGCCUCUUUGAAGUCAGAUUCACCUGUACCCAGUCACAUAAGUACGAAGUAUAUUUUCCUAAAAUAUGAAAUUAUAUCACUUGAAGACAGUGUUUGCACCUUAAAUACAUUACAAGGUUUCUUUGGUGAGAUUUGGACACGAGAUGAAUGUAAAGGGUUAGAACAGGGGUGCAAUUGUGCUUUACAAGUAUUUACUCCUAAAUACUAACUGUCGCAUCUGAAACUAUGCAUCCAAUAAACUUACUUUUAAGGGAAA